AUGAUUGAGCAGACAUUCUCCAGUAUUGCACAGACACUUGGACUUGAUGGCACGAAGGCAGCAGAGGCUAAAGAACAGAUCAAGAUAUACCUUAGCUCCAAGCGUGCAGGAAAGUGGCUUCUGAUUUUUGAUAAUGCGGAUGACGCAGAGAUGUGGUUAGCAACCAGUCACACAGCUCCUGCCCUUGAGGACUUUCUCCCUCAGAGUGAACAAGGCCGUAUUUUGUUCACUACGCGAAACCGAAAACUUGCCAUGAAGCUGGCACCGUUCUAUACUGUUCCAAUUCCAGAUGUGGAUAAAGAAACCGCAUUAAAAAUUCUGCAAAGGACAUUGGCACACAAGGACUUGCUCAAGGAUAAUAUCACAACAGCCACUCUCCUAGAGCAACUGGCCUUUCUCCCCUUGGCAAUUACACAGGCAUCAGCAUAUAUUAUUGAAAACGGUAUAAGUCUGUCUACCUACCUUGCGCUUCUCCAAGAUCAGGAACAGGGUGCUGUGGAACUCCUUAGCGAAGACUUUCGUGAUCCAGGACGCUAUAAGGAUAUCCAGAACCCUGUUAUCACCACCUGGUUAAUAUCAUUUAAACAGAUUCAGCGGCAAGAUCAACUAGCAGCAGAAUACAUGUCUUUUAUGGCCUGUAUUGAUCCACGAAAUAUCCCCCAGUCUCUUCUUCCUCUCCAAACAUCCAAGAAACGGAGACUUGACGCUCUGGGGCUUCUGAAUGCAUACUCAUUCAUCAGCAGCCAAGACAUGCAUAUAACUGAGGUUCUGUACAAGGAGCUGCUGGAAAUCCAUCAGGAGAGAAAUGGGCCCGAACAUCCCUCCACUCUGACUAGCAUGGCCAACCUGGCAUCAACCUACCGGAAGCAGGGACGAUGGGAUGAAGCUGAGAAGCUAGGAGUGCAAGUAAUGGAGACAAGGAAGAUGGUGCUAGGAGCUGAACAUCCCUCCACUCUGACUAGCAUGGCCAACCUGGCAUCAACCUACCGGAACCAGGGACGAUGGAAUGAAGCUGAGAAGCUGGAGGUUGAAGUAAUUAAGACAAUGAAGACAGUGCUGGGAGCUGAACAUCCCUCCACUCUGGCUAGCAUGGCCAGCCUGGCAUCAACCUACCGGAACCAGGGACGAUGGAACGAAGCUGAGAAACUGGAGGUGCAAGCAAUUGAGACAAUGAAGACAGUGCUGGGAGCUGAACAUCCUGACACUCUGACCAGCAUCAAUAACCUUGCCUAUACUUUGGAAUCCCAAGGAAAGCUUCAAGAUGCGUUGGCUCUCAUGAAAAAAUGCUGA